AUGGGCUCUAAGAGGAAACAAAAGGAAAAACAAAAGGAUUUUAAAAAGACGAAGUUGAAAGUUGGGAAAACCUCACAAAAGGCAGACAAUUACACUGAUACAUCUUUCAAAUCAAAAAAGAUCUCUUUGCCUGGCCAGUCAAUAACACAUGCUCAUUCAAAGGAUUUACAACAUCAGCUAUCGCUAACUAAACACCACUCUCCAACUGCUAGAAAGGAAGUCGUGAUUAGCUUGACUCAAAACUUACCGUCAAACCCAUCGAGCUAUAAGAAAAUUAUAUCUAGCGUAACUCCAUUGAUGUUAGACGAAUCCAAACAGGUACGGUUGGAGGUGUUGAACCUUUUGAAAGAAUGCGGUAAAAAGCAACCGGGUCUUUUAGAUUUGCAUAAGCGAACCAUCAUCUUAUUUAUCGUAUCGGCAAUGACAAACAUACAAUUUGAUAUAAGAAACACAAGUACAAAAUUUCUUGAUGUAAUGAUUGAGUACGCCGAUGUGAAACUGUACUUUGUCAAGAUAUUGAAAAAUGUAUUUAUACUUAUGGGGUGGUCAUUACAAACAGAUUCAAAGUCAAAGAGUGUUUCAAUCACAUCAGGUUCAUCAAUACUUCUCGGUACGAAUACUAAGAAAGCACGGGUAGAUCACUUGAUAGCAUUGGCCAAGUUCUUGCAAGCAACCUUGUUUGAAAAAGAGGGUGAAAUAGAUGACGAAUAUGUUUCUGAUGGAAUAUUGACUCAUCCACAAUCUUACAAGUACUUAAUACCGAACACACCACAAGCAUAUGCACCAUUGAAAUUGUUUGUUAAUGAGAUGAAUAUCAAAGACGAAGAUUUUGGAGACUUGCAAAACUUGGAUACUUUAACUACGGAAGAUUUAUCUACAAGGGUAAAUGUGAUGAACACCUUCUUUAAAGAAAAAAUGAUUGUUAGUCUAUCGAAUUUAGUAAAAGAAGGCAGCGCAGUUGGUCGUGAAGCCACAAAAUGUAUACAAAUAUUAGAAAAGAUAUAG